AUGAACAACCUGUCGUUUACCCAAGCCAUGCCACAGGGGCAUCAAGCUUCAGCUUACAUCGAAGGAGCUCGACAGAGCCGCAUCCUCCCGUUGCUCCCGCACCCUAGCACCAUCCAUCCUACCAAUCAAGACCUGGAGCUCUCAAUCAACGGCACUGGCGACGCUUCCCAUCUAAGAAGGAAACGUGCUAGUCGUCCCAAGGUGCGAUCAGGUUGCAUCACCUGCAAGAUCCGUCGGGUCAAGUGUGAUGAACGCAAGCCCACGUGUUUCCGAUGCGAGAAAGCCGACGUGGAAUGCGACGGAUACACCAAAGAGGACGCCGAUUCUAAGAGGAGCGCCGAGCAGCGAAGGUUGGCCGUCGCAGCCCAGGAAGCACAAGCGAGCCGGCAGCUUCUUCCGCGGCCGAACGAGUCGGGUCCGGUCGCCUCCGAUCAAGAAUUAGCGGUGCGGGUACCCUUGCCACCGCCGCUUUGCCCCUCGACUUUGCGGGUCAACCAGGAGGAUGUUUACUACUACGAUCUCUUCCGACACCGGCUUGUGCGUGACCUUUGGGGGUCUGGCCAUUCUGAUGCUUGGUCUAGAAUCGUCUUACAGGAGAGCUCCCAAGACCCAUGCGUUCAAGAGUCUCUCUUGGCUAUCGGUGCUAUAUCUCAAGCCCAGAUGGUUGAGGAGAUGUCGAAGGACCAGCUGGAUGCCAUGCCAUCAGCACUUCGCCCUUGGGGUACCAAGAUGGCGCCAUCUGGUGGGCUUCUCAACCACCAUCAUAGGUCGGCUUUACUUCAUCACGUCAGAGCGGUUUCGAUAUACAGACAGCGAAUUCAGGACCCAUCCUCGACAUCACCACGAUCAGUCAUAAUCAUGACUCUAUUGCUCGUUGGGUUCGAGUUCAUCCAAGGCAACAUGAACAAUGUCGACACUCUGACUGGCACCGGGAUGCGUCUUCUAGAGAACAAAAUCUCGCUUACGCAGCGUCCGCCACGUCGUGCAAAUGAAAAUGGAGCCACCUCGACGAAACCUUCACAGUCCGUGGCUACCCAACUGCGGAGAGGCGUGCGGGACGAUGAGAUGGAGGAUAUUGAGCACCUCUUGCCAUGCCUCUCCCUCAUGAGCGGCUUCACCCACUUCUUCAACUCCCACCGCACUGCGAUGCCAAUGAUGAACGGCACUCCGAUCCUCGAGCUGCCUGAACCAGGUGUUACAGUAGUUGCCAAGCUCGAAGUCUUCUGGGGUCAAUUCUUUACUCGCGCAGUCGUACACAUCAUGCGCUGUCUGCACGACCAGCUUCGAUACAAGCAGCGCAAUAUUACACAGGCUGCGUUGGAGCAAGCUACGUUCCUAUCAUACAUACGAAUGUGGGAUUCCGUCCUAGAAGUAUACCUCAAAGACCCUUCUCUUGAGGACAACGCAAGACGAGCUCUACGAAAGAUACAAAUCCAUCGGCUCUUAAUCCACAUCGUCAUCAGUUGCGGUCUUGACCGGACUGAUAUGUGCUACGACGCAUUUGAGGCCGACUUCAGGGACCUCUUGAACAGGAUUGUGACGUACAUGCGUGACCCAGGACCGAUCUCAAAGGUCGGCUUCACCUUCUCAGAAGGCCUCACAACUCCGCUCGCCACCAUCGUCGCCAAGUGUCGCAAUCACGAGCUGAGAAUGCAAGCUGUCCACCUCCUCAACACCAUGGCAUGGAGGGAAAGCGCCUGGGAUGGGAAAGCCCUCGUCAUUGGCAAGUCUGGCGUGGUGAUGUUGGAGGAAAGAGGGAUGGAUGCCAAUGGGUUCAUACCGUCUGGGUCGAGGUGGGUUUGGAUGUCAGGUAAGUGGGAUCUCGAGAAGCGCGAGCUUGUCGCCACGUACUUGAGACUGAUGCCGAAUGAGGACGGCUCUCCGGUUUAUGCUCACUUGGAGCUUGACAUGGAUAACUUGCUGGAUACGUGUAGCAUGGUGGGAUGCCACGGACGUCAUGAUCCUUUCGAGUGCUAUCAAGAGUGA